GCACUAUCCAAGUUAGUCUGUCACGUCCGACAUUCCCCUCCAGCCCACAGCUGCACUAGGAUAUGCCUCACAACACCCGAUCACCAAGAAACCAUCAAUAUCGCACCAAACCACUAAAACCAGCCUUACGACGCGCGCAAUCAAAGCCUGUCCAUAGUGAUGCUCUAACAGAAGACGAGCACGAACACCAUCACCCAGCAUCUGAGUCUGAAGCGGGACCUGAGUUAGAUGGCGACUCGGAGAGCGUUUCUGACGAGAGUGCCGGGGAUGCCCAGGACGAUGAGAAUGAGGAUGCGGAUGCGCCUCGGGUGGUACAGUGGGCGGACUCGCAAGAUGAGGACAGCGAAGGACUUUCGGAAGAGGAAACAGACGAGGAUUCUAAUGUUCUCCCCAUGAAACCCUCCCAAGACCUGCGGUCUCUCGAAGACGAUCUAUCUUCCCUACCUCUAGGAAUGCUUCGCAAAGCCCAGCACGCCCUCUCUCAGACCCGCGCUCUAACCGAUUCCGAAUCAGAGUCCGAGUCCGACGCACCAUCAGAAGAAGACGCAUAUCCAACCGACGACGAACGCCCACAAUCAACUACAUCCAAAGACAAAGACAAAGAACACCAAGACAAACACUCAAAACCGCGUAAAGACCUAGCCAAAAGAUCUAGCAAGCACGCCCCCACAGAAAUAACCUCCAAACGCCCCAUCACUCGUCGACGAACAGUCGUCGAAUCUAAAACACCCAUACCCCGAGACCCCCGCUUCCUACACAUAACAGGCGCCUACGACCCUCAGAAAUUCAAAUCCCAAUAUUCAUUCCUCUCCACGCUCCAUACCUCCGAACUUGACACCCUCCGGUCCAACCUCAAACUCGCGCGAAAGCUCCUUUUGAACUCUCCCAAAGACCUACGCGCAGAACGAGAGCGGGAGGUUGGGAGACUAGAGCUUGCGGUGAAGAGGGCCGAGAGUAGUGUUAAUAGGGAUAAGAGAGAGAAGGUGGAGAUGGAGGCGCUGGAGAGGGUUGGGAAGGAGGAGAGGGAUAAGAGGAAGAAAGGGAAGGCGGAGUGGUGGAUGAAGCCGGCCGAGAAAAAAGAGUUGCUGAUGAAAGCUCGCUACGACGCCAUCGCAUCAAGUGGAGGAAAGCGCGCAGUAAAGAAAGCGAUAGAAAAGAAGCAGAAGAAACAGAGUCAGAAGGAGAAGAGAUCACGUCCGUUUCCUGCCCCAGGUCGCAACCCCAAAAACACCAGCAUCAGUACCAAUUCCAACGCCAUCGACAUCGGAAGUGGAAGUGCACAGAAGCGCGCACGAUUUACUCUAGACGAAGAAAGAACCCAACCCUCGAAGAAACGCAGGAAAUUCUGAAUCUAAAUCUAUCACGGUCAUACAUUUAAUCAAAAAGUACAUAUCAUUGUCAUUGUCAUUGAUUCGAUCCAUUAGAUCCUCGAAUGAUGGGAUACAAUGGGGGAUGGAUGGGGGUAUUAUCUGCUAACUGGGUAAGAGGUAUCAAUCAUAUGCGUAGGUCUUUGACCUAAAUGCCCAUCAAAAAAUGAAAGAAUAGAAUCGUGGAAAUGUGGAAAGAAAUCGGAGGAUGAUGGGUGGGAACCGAAAGAUGAUGAUGGUGACGUCGAAAAUUCAUCCUGUUC